GUUCCAUGUUCACCAGCGGAGCUUCAACGUGAGCUCAAUUAAUGGCCGGAGUUGGUGCAUUGGAAAGCUGUCAUCUUUGACAAUGAUAGUAUAGUGAUGAACAACUUCACCACCUCCUCUUAAUCUAUUUCUUCAAACGUCAGAUUCUGCAGUUUACUUCAAUUAAUCGCUCCUUUGUCGUCAGCUGCUGAGUCCAUCGUACCAGGCAGCAGUUUUGUUGAGCCAUUUGCUUUAUACCCGUUGAAUAAACUGCUAUAGUCUUCGCUUGUUUUCUCUCCUCGAGACAUUUCCGAGGCCCAUCGCAAGCGGUGCAAGGAGCGCAGCGAUCAGAGUUGGGAUCCUUUGUUGCAGAUUUUCCGGUGAUCUUGAUGAGGUCCAAAGGUGCCGCCUUUCCUCUUUUUCCCCUGUCAAAAUCCCUCUUUUCGUGCUUCUCUUAAUUAAUUUUCAUGUUGCUGGGAGUUGUUCCGUGUUUCUGGUCUCAGAUUAGGGUGGGUUUCCACUGUUUCUUCGCUUGCGGCGGCGAUUUAGGGUUCCUCUACUCCUGGCGUCGGUUUCUUUGUCUUCUUCCUUGUAGAUCCUAGUCCAAGAUCAGUUUUUUCUCCCCUUUUUUCUGUGUACAUCCCCGCAGACCAAUGACAUUUGAAGAUAGAUAGAUGAUGGCGUAUUAGAGUUUCCUUGUUGACAGAUUCCACCUUUGUUAGCUUUAUCUCUGCUAAUAGCCAUGAAAGGGAUUGGAGUGAGUUGCGUCAUCUUUCUGCUUAUUUCAAUCAAAUGCAUCCAUUGCGCAUUUACUCCCGCAGAUAACUACCUGAUCGACUGCGGUUCCUCGACCAAUACAACCAUCAACAAUCGAGUUUUCGUCGCCGAUGUUUCCCUUUCUUCAACCUUGACUCCCUCCUCAAACAACCUGGUGACCACCUCCAGCUCGGUGCCUGCCUCCUCCUAUGGCGCCGCCCUGUAUCAAAAUGCCCGGGUCUUCACAGUGACCUCCUCCUACUCCUUCCAAAUCAAUGCCCAUGGCCGACACUUUAUUCGCCUGUACUUCUUCCCGUCCAUUUACGGAAACUUCAAUCUCACUUCCACAACCUUCAUUGUGUCUACCCAAGAUGCUCUCCUCCUCGACCACUUCCAUCCGCAGGCGAAUUCUGCAGUGGUCGAGGAGUUCUUGGUGAGCAUAACUAGCGAUGCGCUUAUCCUUACUUUCGUGCCGACAGGAAACAAUUCCAUUGCCUUUGUGAAUGCCAUAGAAGUUGUAUCUGCUCCUGAUACCUUAAUUGCAGAUACCGCUACCAUUGUCAAUCCUCCAGGUACGUACCGGGGUUUGUCGGACCAGUUGUUAGAGAAAAUUUACAGGGUCAACAUGGGCGGGCCGCAGGUUUCCCCAAACACUGAUACUCUGUGGAGAAAUUGGGACACUGAUCAGAAGUUUCUGCUCAACAGCGCGCUUUCGCGAUCGGUUAACUUCACAGGAAAAAUCAGUUAUAUGGAUGGAACCACUGAAGAGACUGCUCCUGAUAUAGUGUAUUCGACAGCAACCGAAUUGGCCGCCUCCAAUACUUCAAAUGCUCUAUUCAAUGUGACAUGGCAGUUCGAUGUGGAAGCUAGCUCGGCCUACCUGAUAAGGUUUCAUUUCUGUGAUAUUGUCAGUUUGGCUGCUGGGAACCUCUAUUUUAAUGUUUAUGUCAAUUCCUGGGCCGUAGCUAGUAAUCUCGAUCUCAGUAGCAAGACGUUUGGGCAGUUAGCAACUGCCGUUUAUAUGGAUUAUGUUUUGGAGGCUAAUGAUGCAUCAGAGAAGCUCGGCAUUAGCAUUGGUCCUUCAGUUGUUAAUGGUGUUUUGCCGGACGGCAUACUCAAUGGCCUCGAGAUCAUGAAGAUCAAUGGCUCUGGUGGUUCUCCAGUUACAUCAUCAGCUGGUUCGAAGAAGAAUCUCGUCAUCAUAUUGGCUCCGAUAUUUGGAGUAAUUGCUGUAGCUAUUGUUGCUGUUGCUCUUUGCUUAGCCGUUAGAAAGAGGAAGCUUACUACAAAACAGUAUUCAAAAUCUUGGGUGCCUUUCUCCAUCAAUGGCUUCACAUCUCAUAGCACAGGAAGUCGGACUUCCAACGGAACUGCUUUUACACUCGGUCUGAAUGGAAACUUCGGUUAUCGUCUGUCAUUCGCCAUCCUGCAAGAAGCAACCAACAACUUCGACGAGAAUUGGGUGAUUGGUGUUGGAGGUUUCGGGAAGGUCUACAAAGGAGAGCUGAGAGAUGACACAAAAGUGGCAGUGAAGAGGGGAAAUCCGAAAUCUCAGCAGGGCAUCAAUGAGUUCCAUACUGAGAUUGAGUUGUUGUCGCGGCUGCGCCAUCGUCAUCUUGUUUCUCUUAUCGGAUACUGCGACGAGAAGAACGAGAUGAUUCUUGUGUAUGAAUACAUGGAAAAGGGCACUCUUAAGAGCCAUCUCUAUGGCUCAGACAUGCCUUCUCUUAACUGGCAGCAAAGAUUGGAAAUUUGCAUUGGAGCAGCUAGAGGAUUGCACUAUCUUCAUACUGGGCAAGCCAAAGCCAUCAUCCAUCGCGACGUUAAAUCCGCAAAUAUUCUACUCGACGAGACUCUCUUGGCAAAGGUGGCCGACUUUGGCCUAUCGAAGACGGGACCGGAGCUGGAUCAGACCCAUGUUAGUACUGCAGUAAAAGGAAGUUUCGGAUAUCUCGACCCCGAGUAUUUCCGGAGGCAACAGCUGACUGAGAAAUCCGAUGUGUAUUCAUUCGGAGUUGUUUUACUAGAAGUGUUGUGCGCGAGACCGGUCAUCGAUCCGACACUACCGAGAGAGAUGGUGAACUUGGCAGAAUGGGGAAUGAAGUGGCAAAAGAGGGGAGAGCUGGAGCACAUUGUGGAUGCUCGGAUCGCCGGAUCAAUUAGGCCUGAAUCGUUGAAGAAGUUUGGGGAAACCAUCGAGAAAUGCCUAGCGGAUUCAGGCAUCGAGCGCCCCUCCAUGGGAGAUGUCCUCUGGAACUUGGAGUAUGCCCUACAACUUCAAGAUGCAGACGCUGGUGGUAUCUCUGAAAUCAACAGCAUCAAUAGGAUCACUGAGCUUUCGCCGCAACUCCAAAACAUCAAUGCCUUCGAGAGUGCACCGGCAGGGGAAGCUGCAACCGCGCUGCUCAAUGAUCUUUCAGACGUUUCCAUGAGCAAAGUUUUCUCGCAGUUGAUCAAGUCCGAGGGACGGUGAUUCGAUCGAUCUUAGUUUGAUGUUAGUGAUUGCAUUAGGGUUCUUUUUGCUGUCUUGGUUGAUGUUCUAUUUACGUAAGCAAACUCAUCUUUGUAGCUGUAAUUAUACACUGUUCUCCAUCAUUUUCAAGCUUGAGUGACAUCUCCAUCGACAAUUCUUUCUUUA